UUAAUCCCUUCCUACUUUUAUCUCAUUCCCUGAGCUUAUUAAAUGUUUUCCUUUUUUGUGCCUGCUCUGCAACGGUUAUACUUAACCACCUCCUACUUUUCUCAAUCAUUCCUUGGAAAUACUAAUUUUUUCUUUAAUGCCUUAAGAUUGGGGUUUAUUUUAACACAUCUCAAUCGGCUUUGAGUGGGGGCAUGCAUGAAUGGCUGGUGCGGAUCUAGGAGCUCCAUCUUCCAAUGGCUCCAAGAAUGUGGAUUCCCAAGCACACAGGACAAACAUGACCAAGCCCUCUCCCCUGGACCCUCGAGCCCUUCUCCUGCCAGUCAAGAAAGGCAACACAUUCAGGCGGCCACGAGGAAGGCCUGCAGGCUCAAAGAACAAACCAAAGCCCCCCAUCAUAAUCACUAGAGACAGCGCAAAUGCUCUUAAGGCCCAUGCAAUGGAGGUGGGUCCGGGCUUCGAUAUUGGAGAGUGCAUCGCAAACUUUGCUAGAAGGAGAGGACGAGGUGUUUGCAUAAUGAGUGGGAAUGGGUGUGUUAUGAAUGUGACCAUGCGCCAAACCUCGUGUUCAUCUGGUGCCAUUGUGACUCUGCAUGGACGGUUUGAUAUACUAUCGCUAUUAGGCUCAUUCCUGCCCCCUCCCACCCCACCAGGGGUGACAGGCCUGACUGUCUUCUUGGCCGGGCCGCAAGGGCAGGUUGUUGGGGGAAGUGUGGUUGGCGCUCUUGUGGCUUCGGGCCCUGUCAUAGUCAUGGUUGCUUCCUUCAUUGGUGCUACAUUUGAUAGGCUCCCAUUAGACGAAGACAGGGGAGAACAUCAGCAGCAACAUCAUCAUGAUAUGUAUAACGUGCCACCCAACUUACUGCUCACGAGUGGGGCGCAGCCUCAGGAGCACUACUCUUGGAUAUCAGCAGGGAGACCUGGCUAUUAAUCGUAGCGCGUUGUUUUAAGAAUUGUCAAGUAGUUUGGUGUGAAAUCAUUUGUUCUAUAUUCUAUAUACCAAUCAAUCUUAUCUUUACCCCUGUAGUACUAAUCCACCGGUUUGAUGGCACCCUUCACUCCUGUCCUUCUUGCUGGUUGGUUGAGAGAGAGCAUUGAACGAAAGAACUCUGUCUACGCUUUUCAAAUUCCGAUUAUAUUUGCUACAAUCUCCAUACCAGUGAUUGAAAAAUUGUCUGAGUAGUUUCUACUCGGUUGAGUGGUUUCUACU